AUGUCUCCUGAAAGCUUUGUGACCAGUCGAGUCCUUCAGGACUGGGCAACGAAUGCAUUAUUGCAAGGGAUCGAGUCAUUCUCGCCGAACAGCAAAAAACAGUGCUACUCGCUGGACGAUCUCAAAGCUUUGGCACAAGACCGCCAACUAUCUAGUGCUUCACACGAUCCCUGUGAGGGGCAGACGAGCCACAUCAGGCCAGCGCGCAGAGGACUUGAAAGCUCUCAUCAUGCUACAGAGUAUCAGGUUCGCGAGAAAGUUGCUGGCUUGCCUCACAAAUACCAACAGCGACACUUUCAAGCUCCGUACUUGACAAUGAAAAAUGACAACCUAAAGCCGAGCGCCCAGAAACUUAGUCCAACCAACAUUCAAGGGCCAAAACAACGACCACAAUCCGUACACCCCGAACCAAAUACAAUUGGCAACAAUGGACAGCCCGACCCUUCAAACCUCACGGUAGGACCUGAGUACUCCCAUUAUUGGCCAUCUCCUGGGCCCAAUGAGACCUUGGGCACGGCUAAUGAUUUGGAACGUGAUUGGCUUCGACAACCGCAAGUUACUGACAGCAACGACCAAGAUUGGGCACUGGGUGAACAGUCUUUCCUCCAGACGACGUACGACGACACUCACGACUCACAAGGCUUUGACAACGCCACCCUGAUCGCAGAUAUCGUGAGCCAAGAUAGUCAAGUUAUGUCGGACGGUCUUGAUGAGUUCGACCUUCAACUAAUGCAGACGGAUCCCAUCAAUUUUCCUCCCCUGGAGACUCUAUGCACAAGCAAUUGGCAGCAUCAGGCAGGUGGGCAACAAGAAAAGAAAAAUAACCGGGAAUUCUUGAUAAAUAUGAAGAGAGUGAUUCGAUAUCUACAAGACCAGGCCGUCAAAGCCUCGGACCAGAAAUACUCGGGCUCAGCAUACCUCUCCCCAUCGACCAAGGAACCACAACAGCGAAUCCGGCAUCAUAGUCCGUCGCGGCACAAAGACAAAGACAUAGCCACUAAUAAUCCGAUCCACCAUCAUCAUCAUAAUCCUCAAUCUCGACUUGACAAGUCUGGUACGGAGGCGGCAGGGCCGGAGAGGGGCCUAUCGACCACCACGACGGUCGUGGACGGUGGCGGCGCCGCGAGAGUUCCGGACGAGACGCUAAUAAGUCGAAACGUCACUCGCCAUCAGUACGCACAGGACAGCAUUCUGCAAUCUUACGACGUGUAUAUUCCGGACCAUGACCACGAGCGUGAACGCGAUCAGCGCCGGGGGUCCGGUGGUGGCGGUGGUGGUGGUGCCCAAACGACUGAUCGAAAGGGAGAGGAGGGUGAAGAAGAGGAGACCGAGGAGAAUGGGUCGAGGCAAAGUGGGAAGGACAAGAAGUUCUGGGUCCUUUUCAUCCACGGAGGCUACUUUCGCGACACCAACGUGACAUCUGCCUCUCUGGUCCCUGCUCUUUCAAGAAUCGUAUCAUCAUCGACGUCGACAUCGACGUGGUCCUCCGUCGCUGGAUACGCGUCCAUAAAUUACCGACUGAGCCCGAACCCACACUACCCUCAAGACCCGACGAAGACGCCGAGAUAUGAACUCCGCGACGCGAAAUGGCCAGACCACAUGCACGACGUCUUGGCCGCCAUAGCGCACUUGCAGGGCAGAUACGGCUUCGGGGAUCGGUAUCUCCUCGUCGGCCACAGCGUCGGGGCGACGAUGGCGCUGUUAUCCACGCUGUCGUCGUUCCCGUACUUGUUUUCAUCUUCCACACCUGCAUCUGGGUCUGGCGUGAUGAUGAUGACGAAGAAGAAGAAGAAGGAGGAGGAGGAGAAAACGAAACUGACAAUAUCGCCCCCGCUCGCCGUGCUGGGCGUGAGUGGGAUCUACGACUUUCCGGCCCUCCACGCCCGGUUCCCCAGCUACGUCGACCUCACGCGGAACGCAAACAUAUCGACCGUCCAGGACGACGCCGCCGCAAGUCCCGCGCGGUACGACGUCCGUCGGUACGAGACCGAGUGGGCUUCGAACGUGCCCGGUGGCAAGGUCGGCGUCGUCCUCGCCCAUUCGAGGGACGACGGACUCGUGGAUUGGGGGCAGGUGGAGAUCAUGAGAGACGUGCUGCUCACCGGGGCUCGCAUCAUCGACGGUUCUCCCGGUGCGAGUAGCACAUCACACGGAGCGGUCGUCAAGAGCCAAAUCGACAUUCUUCCCGGCAGUGCUGGCACUUCUCCCGGCGGCCGCGGAGAGGUCAGAGACGGCAAAGAAGAAGCCGGAGAAGCAGACAGGCCAGGCAGGCCAGACGGUGAAGACCGCAAAGACCGCGGCAACAACAACAAACAAGGACCAGACCACAGAGACGCCGAGGACGUCAAAGACGUCAACGACAUUGAAGAUGGUAAAAAUGCAUUCGGCAGCAAGCCUCAAAGACAAAGUUUACACGGCGCCAAGGUCCAAGUAAAGGUUCUCGAGAUACACGGCCAACAUGACCGGAUAUGGAGCGAGGGCACCGAGUUGGCCAGGGCGAUACGUGAGGGCGUUGAGAUGAUGAAGAGAUUGUCAGAGGAGAAAUGGUCGUCACCACCAUAG